AUGUCUCCUCUAAUUUCAAGGCUUUUAUUUCUCAAUUUCUGCUUCUUCCUGCUGUUUUUCACCACAAACUCACAAGACAAUGGUUCUCAAAAGACAUAUAUUGUGUAUAUGGGAAAUCAUCCAAAAGGGAAACCUUCAACACCAUCUCACCAUAUGAGAUUACUAAAAGAAACCAUUGGCAGUUCUUUCCCUCCAAAAUCUUUACUCCAUAGCUUCAAGAGAAGCUUCAAUGGAUUUGUGGCCAAGAUGACUGAAGAAGAAGCAAAGAAAGUUUCAGAGAUGGAAGGGGUGAUAUCAGUUUUCCCAAAUGGGAAAAAGCAACUGCACACAACAAGAUCUUGGGACUUCAUGGGCUUCUCGGAACAAGUGAAGAGAGUUCCGGCGGUGGAAAGUGAUAUCAUUGUCGGAGUAUUCGACACCGGGAUUUGGCCGGAAUCUCCUAGUUUUGACGACACGGGAUACGGUCCGCCGCCGGCCAAGUGGAAGGGCAGCUGUGAAGUCUCUGCCAAUUUCUCUUGCAACAAUAAAAUCAUUGGAGCUCGAUCAUAUCAUAGCAGCGGUCAGGACCUAGAAGGCGACAUCAAAGGUCCAAGAGAUUCAGAUGGUCACGGGACACACACAGCAUCGACGGUAGCGGGAGGGUUGGUUCAGCAAGCAAAUAUGUUGGGACUUGGCCUCGGCACAGCCAGAGGUGGAGUCCCAUCAGCACGCAUUGCCGUAUACAAAGUAUGCUGGUCCGACGGCUGUGCUGACGCCGACAUCCUUGCUGCAUUCGACGAUGCCAUUGCUGACGGCGUCGACAUCAUCUCUGGCUCUCUCGGAGCACCAGGGUUUGUAAAUUACUUCAACGACUCCAUGGCCAUUGGAUCUUUUCAUGCAAUGAAAAAGGGAAUCUUGUCGUCAUUAGCAGCUGGAAAUACCGGCCCAGGUUUCAGAACCAUUGCAAACUACUCGCCAUGGUCGUUGACAGUAGCGGCUAGCACUACUGAUCGGGUAUUCGAAACUAUGGUUGAGCUCGGAGAUGGAAGAGAAUUGAAAGGAGCCAGCAUCAAUACAUUUGAUAUGAAGGGAAAACAAAUUCCAUUGGUUUACGGGGGAGAUAUUUCUAAAGCUAACAUAAGCAGUUCCUUGUCGAGGGAGUGCGUUGAGAACUCAGUAGAUUUGGAGUUGGCUAAAGGUAAAAUUGUAGUGUGCGAUACGGUGAUCGAUGCCACAGAAGUUGUGGCGGUAAAAGGUGCGGUGGGUAUUAUAAUGCAAGAUGAUUCUCCAAUGGAUGGCCAUUCUUAUCCAAUUCCUGCUUCUCAUGUUGACUCUAAAUCUGGUGCUGUCAUUCUCUCUUACAUCAACUCAACCAAUAGCAUUCCGACAGCCACAAUAAAGAAGAGCACAGAAAGAAAACGUAAAAGAGCUCCAUCUGUUGCAUCUUUUUCUUCAAGAGGUCCAAACCCAGUAACUCUCAACAUUCUCAAGCCAGAUUUGAGUGCUCCAGGAGUUGAAAUUCUUGCAGCAUGGCCUCCAAUUUCUUCACCCUCAGGAGCUGUAGAGGAUAACCAAAGAGUUCUUUAUAAUAUCAUCUCAGGAACUUCAAUGGCUUGUCCACAUGUUACUGCUGUAGCUGCUUAUGUUAAAUCAUUCCAUCCUACUUGGUCUCCUGCUGCCCUUAAAUCUGCCCUCAUGACUACAGCGUUUCCAAUGAGCCCUAAACGUAAUAAAGAGAAAGAGUUUGCAUAUGGUGCUGGUCACUUAAAUCCACUAGGCGCAGUGCAUCCUGGAUUAAUCUACGAUGCUUCUGAAACUGACUACGUACGGUUUUUGUGUGGCCAAGGUUAUACCACCGAGUUGCUCCAACUAGUUUCGGAAGACAACAAUACUUGUUCUUCGAACGAUUCCGACACAGUGUUCGACCUAAACUAUCCUUCAUUCGCUCUUGCCACGAAUGCCUCAGAACCAAUCAACCAAGUUUAUAGAAGAACUGUCACCAAUGUUGGAUCAAAAUCUGCAACAUAUAAAGCUACUAUAAUUAAUCCAUGGAAGAAUCUUGAGAUCAAAGUAAAUCCUUCUGUUCUUUCGUUCAAUCAUUUGGGAGAGGAGCAAAGUUUUGAGGUUACAAUCAAGGGAAAAAUUAUGAAUGAUAUUGAAUCAGCUUCUUUGGUUUGGGAUGAUGGAAAACACAAAGUGAGGAGUCCUAUAACAGUGUUUUUCUGA